CUAUCGGCCAUGCCACGAGCCCGCCACGACUCCAACGCCUCAUCCACAACCUCCACAGCCCGCGACAACUAUGCCUUUUCCUCCGCGCCGCAGGAAAUGGGGUCGAUGUACGACUAUCUCGCGAAGAUCAUCUUGCUCGGACCAAGCGGAUGCGGAAAGUCAUGUCUACUACAUCGCUUUGUGAAGAACGAGUGGAGGGUCGUCUCGUCACAGACGAUCGGCGUGGAGUUCGCUUCGAAGAUCCUGAAGAUUGGCGACGGCACAGGGAGGAGGAAGAGGAUCAAGUUUCAGCUAUGGGAUACAGCAGGUACAGAGAGGUUCCGGAGUGUGAGCCGAAGUUACUACAGAGGUGCGGCUGGUGCGAUCCUGGUCUACGAUGUGUGCGAUCGGAAGAGCUUCGCGGAGUUGGGAACAUUCCUUGGAGAUGCCAGAGCGUUGGCAAGUCCGAUGAUGAGCGCGAUUGUGGUUGGAAAUAAGUCGGAUCUGGUGGAUGGCGGAGCACCUGGACAGCAGGCGAGGGAGGUGCAAACUGGAGGCCUGCUCGAUUUGGACGAUGGUGACGUGGGUAUGGGAAGUCUACCUCGUGGACCUUCACUAGGGACACAACUACGAGCAACGGUUUCGAAUAACGGCAGGGAGGUUGGAUCCCAGAUGGUGGCGAGUUGGGCGAGUCAAAACCGGAUACCGGCGACUAUGGAAGUGUCCGCGCUCUCUGGCGAGGGAGUGGAGGAGGUAUUCGACCGGCUGGCACGCAUCAUCCUGACCAAGAUUGAGCUUGGCGAGAUUGAUCCUGACGAUCCCAUGAGUGGCAUUCAAUACGGCGAUGCUGACUACUAUCGAUACAACGAUGACGGGAGCAGCAUCAGGAGUGGCGGGCUGACAAGUGACGGCCAUGGAGGUUCGGUUAGGAGGAGGAGGACGAAGGGUGGAUGGAGCGAUGUUUUCAGACUUGGAGGACGA